GUAACACACAGUGAAUGUUUGGCUGCUUUAGAGAAUGUCUGAGGAGAAAACAGAGAGUUCACCUGAGGAGCUGAAGGAGAAAAUUCACUUUCUGACUGAUGAGAACCAACACCUCUGCAGUAAACUGGGCUCCACACAAAGCAAAGCGGCUCAACAUGCCGCCUCCAACCGUGACCUGAGCUCCAGACUGGUGCAGAGUGAACAGGACAGACUGAAGAUCUCCAAAGAUCUUGUGGAAGCACAGAUUGAAGCCAACAAACUGAGAGAGAAAUAUGAGGCAGAGAUAUUUGAGCUGCAGAAUAAGGUGCUGUGUCAGGAAGGUGUGGUGUCGAAUCUGGAGGCAGAGCUCAGCCGUCUGAAGCGGGAGGUGGAGUCGGCAUCGUCACAGUUACAGAUCGCUGAGGGGAACGAGCGGGACAUAGCGGAGGAGUACGCAAACCUGAAGAGUAACUUCCUGACUGUGAGCGAGGGUCUGGAGCGUGAGAUCACACACUCGCAGGAGCUGAGCGAUGAGCUGCUAACACUCGCACAUACACACGAUACACUGCUGCUGGAGAAAGAGCGAGAACAUACACACACACUCGAGCUGGAGAGAGUCAAAGCUCUGCUGAGUAGAAUGUCACAAAGCAGAGUUAGGCUAGAGGAACUGGGCCAAGGCUGCAAUGCUACUGGAGACAGACACACACACAAGGCCCAGUAUGAGAUGAGGGAGGAGCUGGAGAGAAUGAGAAAGAGUUAUGAAGAACAACAACACCAACUUGAGGAGAAAAUUGCAUCUAUGGGAAAAGACCAGCAGGAGAAUAAGAGAGCGAUCCGAAACACACAACAGGAUCUUGCACAUCAGUCAGCUACACUCCUUGUUUCCCAGCAUCAUUUGAAGGAGGUGGAGGCUGAAAACUCUAAACUACAGAAUCAACUGAAGGAGCUGAAUCAGGAGUAUAGAUCACGCCUCACACACUACAUACACGACAUCACGGAGUGUGUGCGCAGACACAGUGAUACAGACGUGCAGCUGAAGGAGUACGUGGACUCCAUGUUGAAGGAAGUGCGAGUGUCGUAUCGGUCCAGAGAGGAACAACUGACCAGCACACUGAGAAACUACCGUAAACGCCUGCACAACCUGAGCAACACACAUCAACUACUGCUCACUGCCUACAGAAUGCAGCGUGAACAGAUUCUGGUGCACACUGGGCGUGUCCUGGAGGCGGGGCCACCUGAGGCACACUUCAGCCCUGCAGACGUGGAGAUUAGAGGAGAGACAGAGAGAGAACUACAGAGGCUGAGAGAGGACAAAUCUCACCUAGAGACACAACUCAGAAUCGCACAAGAACAGGUAUCUUUGCUGUCACAGUCGUCUCAGAAUGAUGUACCGCUCGCCGAGGAAGCCUGGGCCAAUAUCAGGAAACAGCUCAGAGAGAUUGCAGUCACUGCACAGGAGACGCACGAGAGAGAGCGCGCACAGCUCAUCACCAGGGCAACGGUUGCUGAGGAACAAGUAAGGGAGCUGCAGGAGUAUGUUGAUAAUCACCUGGGCAGGUACAAGCUGGAGGUUACUCGUUUGAGGAGGAUGCUGCGGUUUGAGGCGGGGCGAUCCCAGAGUGCUGAAGCACCUAAGCCCCGCCCUCUACAGCAGUCACACAAUGCGACUAGUGAUGAAUUAUAAACAAAGUGUAAAAUACAAAAGACAAUAAAACUCUUAAAUCAUUUAACAGCAAA